AUGCAGUCGCAAUUCUUCGGCCAGUUAAAGGCCGGCGAUCAAUUCCGGGCCAUCGAGGGCGUUGUGCAUUUUUUCAUGGCGAACAGCCUGGGGGGCGCGUCGGAAUCAUGGAUCUCGUAUGUUGAUGCGGGCAUUAUCGAGGCGAUACAGCGUGGAGGGGCUAUUGCGCUCGGUUUACCGGCAGCGACAUACGCCGGCAAGACGGGAGGAGCCAACCAAUGGGCUUCGUUUCCGAGCAUCCAGGGCGGAAUCGGCUUUGCAAAUCGCAACGACCAUGAUCGUCUCUGGUCAGUGGCUGAACAGGCGGCAACAGAGUACGGGGCGCGUCUCGCCGACGCCAAGUUCAAGCGAUCGGCUCGCGAACAGUCCUGGUUCGAGUGCACCCAGCUAUUCCGGUGGAUCAUGCGCAACCGCGAGGCCACGUACCAAGGGCUGAAGUCGACGGCCAUCGGCCCGGCGGCUUGGGCGUUCAUCAACUGGAUGACGGAUGUAACGGACGUCAAGCCAGGAAAGUGUCUGACAGAGGUUGCGUGGUUUUACGCUGGUGUGGAAUCCGGGACUGGUGGCCUGGCGGAAGUAGCUAGGAUUCUGCCGCGAUUGCUCCAAUGCUUCGGCGCUGCAGCGUGA